AUGAAAUAUUUUAAAUUUUAUCCACUAUUUGGUGGUCUAACGAAAUUUUCUCAGCCAAAAGAUUUUCUAAAUAUGCAUAAAUACACAUUUUCCGAAUUAUUUCUUUCAUAUUUCGCAGUUUUUUCCAACUCUUUUAAGGAAAAUGAAUAUAUUCUAACUGGUAAAAAAGUAUCCUGCAAAAGUUUACGAAAAUAUUUUGGUCCACUUGAUGUUCAAUCUUAUGAUUCUUAUCCAUGGCGUGAUCUAAGAAAAGUUCGUGUUGUGUGUUCAUCAGCUGGAAGGACACGGAUAGCUAAAAUAAAGAUGGAUAGAAGCGGACCUAUUAAUGACUCAAUUUCAACUCUUAAAAAGCUGUCAAGUAUUCAAGGAACACAAGUCAGAAUCAGCACAACGGUGUUAAACAUGCUCUAUAAACUGACGCGGUUUAAAGAGUUUGUAUUUUUUUGCGAUGAUGGCCUGGAUUGGAAAAGUUUUUCUGUGCGAUCUUUUCCUACUCCAAAUCGUGUCCGUAUGUUGAAAUACUUCAUUGGCGAGUUUAAAACUUUACCUGAUGCUUGCCACACAAUUGAAAACGGCAUAAGUUGCGAAGACAUGGAAAACGAAAAAUGGUCAACAGAAGGUAUCGAUGUUGAAAGCAGAAUAUACAACCAAGUGUUUCGAUAUGGUUCAGAUGUGACGAAGGGGUUUAGUAUGGCGGAUCAUAAAUAUGGAUGUUUUAAUCAGAUCGGUGCUUACAAAGCCGAAAAUACUUAUGAAAUAUGGGUUGAAUAAAUCUAGCAUCUAAUAUUUGACUUUCACAUAUGUUAUGAUUUAUAUUGCAUCUUAUUUAUUACAUUAUUGCACAAUUUAGGCACCUCGUAGCACAACAAUUGUAAAAUAAAUAAAGUCAAGUUUCAACUGGUUCAAAAUAUAAUCAAGCGAACCGGCUCGUGUCCCAUCCAAAGCGAUUUUCUCAUUGGAUUAGUUUGCAUGUAUUGACCAACAUUCCAUAUAUAGAGUGACAUGUGUUUUUUUGAGCAUUUUCAUUGGAUUCGUAAAAUACAAACCUUAGAAAACUUUUUAUGAUUCUUUUUUUUUUUUGAAAAAUUUUUUUAUCAUUCUCAAGACUUUUGACGUAGAAAUUUUAAUAAUUAUGCUGAUUAAUGGAUGACGUUAUUUCUUUAAUAUAAAUUAGGCGCUGUCAUAUUCGGUCGUAUGUUUUACCAUAUCCAGCUUAGUUUUUUUUACAUUUUUACGUAAAUUAGAUAUACCUAGUUAUCCUGAUAAUCAUUCAGGCCACCAAUUGUUUCUCAGCAUUUACCUGAUGCUGUCAUAAGAUCUUACCAAAAGAUAAACAGAUUCACGUACAGAAUUUCAAGCUAUUUCGCAUGGAAUUAUUUUGUUUUGCUUUUUUCGCGGGAG